CGUUUAAUUAAGCUGACAGUAAAAAAUUAGCGCAAACAAUUUUUUCUCUUUUCAUCUCUAAAAUAAAAGAACUUUAAACAAUUUUAAUCAAUUUAUUAAUAAAAAUAAAAUACUCUCCUAUGAAAUAUGGAUGGACCACAACCUCCAAGAGAUUCCAGCCUCCGGAAUAUAAUUGAUAAACUUGCCGAAUUUGUAGCAAGAAAUGGCCCAGAAUUCGAGCAAAUAACUAAACAAAAACAAAAAGGAAAUCCUAAAUUUGAUUUUCUAUAUGGAGGAGACUAUUGCAAUUACUAUGAAUGGCGGGUGGCAGCAGAACAAACUUUUUUGAAACAACAAGGCUCAAUCUCACAGGCAACCCAUCAUUACCAUCCGCAAGGAGGUCCGCCGCCACAGCAACAUAAUUUCCAUGAUAAUCAAAGUAUGUCGCUAGCCGGACAACAGCAACACAAUUUUCAUGAUAAUCAAAAUAUUUCGCUUCCCGGACAACAGCAACAUAAUUUUCAUGAUAAUCAAAAUAUGUCGCUAACUGGACAGCAACAACACCACAACUUUCAUGACAAUCACAAUAUGCCACCAGUUGUUAAUCAACAGCAAAUGCCUGGAAGCGGUGGUGGUGGAAACAGCUAUAAGCCACAGGGAAAUCCCGCUCCUCUGUGGGGCAAUGGUCAUGGUGGUGGUGGUGGGAAUCCGGCCAAUAAUGCCAACGCAAUAAGCAUUACAGCUCAAAUUGAAGCCAUCAAUUUGCAACAGAACAACUUGCGCAAACAGAUUCACCAGUCGGAGCAGAAUCUAUCAGCCCAGCACUCGGCUUUGAUGCAGCAACAACAAAAACAAAUUGACGAUGCUAUUGAAGAUGCACAGAAUAAUAUGUUAGAAGAACAAGCCGCAGACAACAAUAUAUCACUAAUUGACUUUGAUGAUGUUCUACAACCAAUAAUUGAUGCAUGCACCAAAGACAGUAUAUCAGCAGGCAAAAACUGGAUUUUACAGCAUUCAUCCGACACCGCUAAAAACAAUGUCGUAUUGCAAUAUCUCUUAAAGAAGGCAUUGCUUAAUGGAGCAACAUUUACACAAAAAUUACAUCUUAUUUACUUAGUAAAUGAUAUACUGCAUCAUUGUGUAAGGAAAAAUGCGAAUGAUCUGAAAAAUAGCCUAGAGAAUGUUGUAAUACCAAUGUUUUGCAGCGCCAAACUAAUUGCGACUAAUGAUCAAAAGGGUAAAUUAAGCAAAUUGCUCUCUUUGUGGGAGUCAAAAGCAAAAUUCUUUGAUGCAUGCGUUAUUUCCAAAUUGGGCUCACCAGAUUCAUCAAUGCAUGAAUACAAAACAAACCUUAUGAAUAUGCAUCAUGAUAUUGUGCAUAACUUUACCCAAACAACAAAGUCAACAUUAGAUGGUUAUCAAAAACAACAUCAAAUAUUUAUUCAGCAUGCAACACAACAAAUAGCUGUGCUCGAGCAACAAAAACAAGCUUUGGAACAGAAAAUAAUAGCUGCCGUUUUACCAAGUGCAGCUAUUAUACAACAACUUAUUGAUCCUAAACAGCUUCAAACGUCUGCUGGCAAUUUGAUGCAGAAUAAUGACCUAAUAACUUCUUCCUCAAUCAGAAAUCCGUCGCCACAACCCUUAAUGGCGCAAAAGGUUCAAAUGCCAACUGAACCACCAAACGUCUACAAUAAUAGUCCCAAUCCCGGACCUGAGAACAAUAACCAACCAUUGUUCGGAAAUCCAUUCAGCAAUCAGCCAGUCCAUAAAAAUCCAUUCUCCCAGUUCAAUAAUUUGAGCAACAACAACGGAGGAGGUGGCAUUUGUAAUAAUCCACCCACUUCUGUCGGUCAAGCACCCAUCCAACAUCAUAAUCCUUUCUCCAGCAUGGGAUCUUCUAAUUCGACUGGGAAUGACAGCAACGAUUUUGUAGCCACAAUAGCCAGCUUCUUUAUACCAGAUUUAUCUAAACCUCCGCCCGGUUUUAUGAACCCUAGUGGACCUCAACCACAGCUGCCGCUAGAAGUUUCUCCAAAUGUUGAGCCGCUUCAAGUUAUUGAAGAAGAUCCAAAACCAACAGCUCCGUAUUAUGAUUUACCUGCGGGUCUAAUGGUGUCCUUGAUACGCUUGGAAGACUAUAGCUAUAAGCCGAUAGAUCCAGAAGAGAUGAGGCUUCCAGCGCCGACGCCUCAAAGCGAGCGACUUACUAAUGCAUUGGCAGCUUUCAUAGCUCCACCAAGCCAUGAUCGGCCGAGGGAUAAUGAGGGCUGGGAAAAACUUGGUUUGUAUGAGUACUACAAGGUGAAAAAUGCUGCUAAGAAACAAAAGGAAGAGGAACUCAAGGACGGUACUCGUGAGCCGUCUCGUUCACCAAGUCCCAUAAUUUUGGAUACUGUUAAAACCAAGAAACCAAUUAAUAAACGUUGCUACCGGUCCAAAAGCAGAAGUCGUUCACCACGAUCUAAAUCGCGAUCGCCUCGUCGUUCUAGAUCUCGCUCCCGUUCGCCAUCUAUUCAAGAAAAACCCAGAGGUCGAUAUUCAAAUAAUUCUAGAAAUCGAUCGCCACGAAAAAAUUCACCUAUUAAAGACAGAGAUAGGGAAAGAGAUCGUGAUCGCGACAGGGAUUCACGUGAGAAUCGAGAAAGAGAAAUGCGUGACAGAGAUAAAGAUACCCGCGAAAGAGAUUCCCGCGAUCGUAAUAAUACUCGUCGAGAGAGGGAACGAUCUAUAACUCCGCCAAGUUUUUUCAGUGGAGGCAAUUACAAUAAAUCAAAUGAAUUUAUUGAGGAAUCCAAUAAGGGUCAUCAGAUGCUUAUGAAAAUGGGUUGGGCCGGAUCAGGAGCAGGCCUUGGAACGAAAAACCAGGGAAUUGAUGAACCUAUAUCUGGAGGUGAGGUUAGAGAACGAAGAGAUAUGUACAAGGGCGUCGGAAGCAACAUGAAUGAUCCUUUUGAAAAUUUCCGUAAAAAUAAAGGUGCUGCCUUUGUACAUCGCAUGCGAACUAGAGAUGAUAAAAGCUAAACAAAAUAAAGAUGGAAAUAGUAAAAUAAAUAAAAUAAUGUAAUUUUAAUAAUAUCUCCCCGAAAUCUACCACACAAACGACAAAGUACUACAUGUUGCGCCUAAAGAUGCAGUUUAAUUUAAAGUGAGACUAGGGAAACUUUUGUUGAAAUAUAUAUUUAAAGAUUAUAUAUACAAAAUAUAAUUAUGUGGGUAUUUAUUUACCCAUAACGGAGAUAAAAUAAGCAAUAGAUUGUAUGGAUCUAUUUGUAUAUAAAACUU